UGAAUCAGGCAUUUGUCACGCCAAAAUAGAGAGAGAAAGUUUUAGAGAGAGAGAGAGAGAGAAGACAGAGGAGAGAGAGAGAGAGAGAGCUGGAGACAAUCAGGGGAGGAAUCUCUGGCCUCAACAUCGUCACUCAAAUAGUGACGAUGAUCUAGGGUUUUCCUGUUCUGUGCCCACGGAUUCCAAUCCAGAAGAUGUUGUCUAAAGCUGAAGCUGGGAAAAAAAUUGGUGGGGAAUCGGGUAGUGGGAAGUUGUUACAUGAUAUUGAAGUUAUAAGUAAAGCCCUAUACCUAGAUAGAACCCGUUCAAAGGGCUCUGCUUCUACCCUGAAUAAUCGAUCUAAAUCUGUUGGAAAAGCCCAUCUGGCUGAACCCCAAUUGAAGCUGAAGGAUGGUAAUGAAGAGUCAUUACGUAAGGACAAGAAGUCCAUUUGGAGUUGGAAGGCCUUGAAGGCUCUUACCCAUGUCAGAAACCGUAGGUUCAAUUGCUGUUUCUCUCUCCAUGUCCAUUCUGUUGAAGGGUUGCCAUCUCAUUUCGAUGAUCUUAACCUUUGCGUGCAUUGGAAGCGGCGGGACAGUGGGUUGGCGACUCGUCCGGCUAGGGUUUUUCAAGGAAUAGCUGAAUUUGAAGAAAACUUGGCACAUUCAUGCUCUAUUUAUGGCAGUAGAAAUGGUCCUCACCAUUCAGCAAAGUAUGAGGCAAAGCAUUUCUUGUUAUACGCAGCAGUAUAUGGUGCUUCUGAGCUUGAUUUGGGAAAGCAUCGGGUUGAUCUCACGAGGUUGCUUCCUCUUACUUUGGAGGAGCUGGAGGAUGAGAAGAGCUCUGGAAAGUGGACGACUAGUUUCAAGCUAUCAGGCAUGGCUAAAGGUGCAACUAUGAAUGUCAGUUUUGGGUAUUCAGUAAUUGGGAGUAAUGCUGUUCCUCCUGCUGCUAACAGGGAUGUUCCGGAGGCCUUUGGUUUGAAGCGGAAUAACACAAGUGUGGUCAAACCUAUGUCAAAAAUUGAUCAAAGCAAUACAAUAAAGCGUGCUGGAAGUGUUCCCUCAAUGUCUUUGGCCUUAUCUCGUUCUGUAGAAGAUAUAAAGGAUCUUCAUGAGGUUUUUCCAAUAUCAAGUUCAGAACUUUCCAAUUCUGUAAGUAUACUAUAUAAGAAAUUUGAUGAAGAGAAGUUAGGUAUGAGUGUUGAUUAUAAACCUGAGCUUGAUGUUUCUUCUGGGCUUCUUGAGCCUGUCAAAUCAAACACCGACUUGUUGUUUGAUGCUGGUAAGGAGAAUGCUGAAAAUGAGGGCGAAGAUGGUGAGUUUUCUGUCAUUGAGCAUGGGAUAGAAUUGUCCUCAAAGGAACGGGUGAAAUCAGAAGGCAAUACCUUAACUGCUGUUGAUGGUUCUGAAAUAGAAAGUUCUGACCUUCCAAAAAUCGACACUGCUGCUGCGAUAACACUUGAAGAGGACACCAAGCUUCAUCUCCAGGAUGAAGAAGGUGGUAGUCAUAGAGAUGAAUUUGUUGUAAGCGACCGCAUUUCCGCAGAGAAUGACAUGUGCACCAAAGAAUUGCUCAUGAAAGAUCUGGAGUCAGCUUUGCAUAAUAUGUCAGACGUGGCAAUCGGGUUGGAUUCUCCAGAACGUGAGAGUGAAAUUCCACAACACGAAAAUUUUGUGGGGGUUAAAUCAAACUAUAAAAUAGGUAGAAAGGGAAAGUCACUUAGCUUGGAUGAUGUUACCAACUCAGUAGCUAGCGAGUUCUUAGAGAUGCUGGGGAUAGAACAUAGUCCAAUGGGCUUGAGUUCUGAAAGUGAGCCUGAGUCCCCAAGAGAGCGUCUUUUGAGACAAUUCGAGAAGGAUACCCUAGCUGCGGGUUUCUCCUUAUUCGAUUUUGAUAUUGACGAUGGGAACCAGGAAGAACUUGGCUAUGAAGCUCCAUCGGUGUCUGGAUGGGGGACCCUUAAUGAGGACUUCAAUCUCUCUCCAGUGGUUCAAGCUGCAGAUGAGAAGCUUGAGUUAGAAACUCUGGCAGUGAGGAGCAAAACUAGGGCGUCAAUGCUGGAAGACUUGGAGACUGAAGCUUUAAUGCGCGAGUGGGGGUUAAAUGAGAAGGCUUUUCAACAUUCUCCUUCUAACAGUGGUUUUGGUAGUCCCAUUGAUCUUUCUCCUGAAGAGCCUCUCCAGUUGCCUCCCCUUGGAGAAGGCUUAGGUCCAUUUGUUCAGACCACAAAUGGAGGUUUUUUGCGGUCUAUGAAUCCUACACUUUUCAGCACUGCUAAAAGUUGUGGUAGUUUGAUUAUGCAAGUUUCAAGUCCAGUCGUGGUGCCUGCAGAGAUGGGUUCUGGUAUAAUGGAGAUAUUACAGCGUUUGGCUUCGGUUGGAAUCGAAAAGCUUUCCAUGCAGGCAAACAAGUUAAUGCCAUUGGAAGAUAUUACUGGGAAGACAAUGCAACAAAUAGCAUGGGAAGCUUCGAGCAGUCUGGAGGCAUCCGAGAGGCAAGUUCUAUUGCAGCAUGAAAUGGAGGUUGGGCAAAGUAUAGCUGGAGGUCAAAAGAGAGUUAAAGGAAAAUCGUCUAAGGCUGACUCGAGUUCAAUUGGCAAGCAGUUGGACUCGGAAUAUGUAUCACUUGAAGAUCUUGCUCCUUUGGCAAUGGAUAAGAUUGAAGCCCUCUCAAUUGAGGGGUUGAGAAUACAAUCCGGCAUGUCAGAUGAGGAUGCACCUUCAAACAUCAAUCCACAGCCCAUUGGUGAAAUCUCGGCCCUUGAAGGGAAAAGGAUAAACAUCGGUGAGUCCUUAGGUUUGGAGGGAGCUGGUGGAUUGCAACUGUUGGACAUUAAAGACAGCAGUGAUGGUGUUGAUGGAUUAAUGGGCUUAUCGCUAACACUUGAUGAAUGGAUGAGGCUGGAUUCUGGUGAAAUUGAUGAUGAUGAUGAUCAAAUUAGUGAGCGGACUUCUCAAAUUCUUGCAGCCCAUCAUGCUACUUGCAUGGACGUGUUUCGUGGAAGGACAAAAUCAGAGAAAAGACGGGGUAAAAAGUGUGGUUUGUUGGGUAACAACUUUACGGUGGCGCUAAUGGUGCAGCUUCGUGAUCCUUUACGAAACUAUGAACCUGUUGGUACACCAAUGCUUGCUCUUAUUCAAGUGGAAAGAGAAGUUAGGUUGUUUGUCCCUCCGAAACCAAAAAUAUAUAGUGCCAUUUCAGAGAGAAGGAACAAAAAUGAAGAGGACGAUGAUGAGUCUGAACCUGCAAAAAAGGAGGAAUCAAAGGAGGAGCCCAAAGAAGAGAAAAUUCAUGAAGAGGAAAGCAUUCCUCAAUUCAAAAUUACCGAAGUUCAUGUUGCAGGUCUGAAAACAGAACAGGGGAAAAAGAAGAUUUGGGGUUCCACAACCCAACAACAGUCUGGGUCCCGUUGGUUGGUUGCUAAUGGAAUGGGGAAGAAUAGCAAGCAUCCAUUUAUGAAGUCGAAGGCUGUUGCCAAAUCUGGUUCCCCUGCGACAACAAAGGUCCAGCCUGGUGAAACAUUGUGGAGCAUCUCUGCUCGUGUUCAUGGCACAGGGGCUAAAUGGAAGGAAUUGGCUAAGCUUAAUCCACAUAUUCGGAACCCAAAUGUUAUCUUCCCAAAUGAAACUAUCAGGUUGAGCUGAGCAUAGCAGCGAGGUCAUUAUAAAACAGUAAGUAGUUAUGAAAGUUCAAACUCAGCUAGGUUGAAUAGACAUACUUGGAGAUGGGUUUUGAAUGGAAUUCACAGAGGAUCGUUCUAUAGGUUUGGUAAGAUUAAUGAGUCCUGCCCGUGGAGACUCAGCUUGUGUUUAUAUCAAACUCCUCCAUCAGCCAAGUAUGUGUUUGUGCAAUAAAUGGUAAAGACACAUGGUUUUGCUCAUUGUAAAUGCAUAUGCUUUGUUAGCAUGAUUGUGUGCAUAAUUUGUUUUGGUCUUUGGGAACAUUGUUUUGAUCAUCUUAUGCCAGAAGAGAAAUAGAGCUUGUUUUUGUUGCAAACAACGUCCGGUUGAUUUCCCAGGUAUUUUUUUGUCUUCAUUUUGCCGUUUCUUGAUCUGUGUGAUGAAAGGAAAUCCAUUUCUAUCCUA